AUGGUGCCGCCCAGCGAAUCCCAGCUUCGACCUCAGCGACCUCAGCAACUCCACCGUGCUUUUUCUGCCAGCAGUACCAAACACUCCGUCCGGUCGUACUCAUCAUCCUUCGAAGCAGAUGACGAGCGCUCGAGCUCCGCCGACCACGAAAUGGGACCCGAGGACGCCUUCAGAGAUGAUCCUUCUCAAUACCCAGAGGAGGAUACCCGGUUGACGAGUAGGAAAGAGCUGUCAGGAUGGUAUGCGUACGGAUUCGCAGCAGAGGUUUUUGUAAUAUGUGGAAUAGGUUCAUUUAUACCCAUUACAUUAGAACAACUGGCACGAGAGAAUGGAGUUCUCCUUUCUGAUCUCAAGACACCCUGCGGUUCGAGUUCAACAUUUCCAUCGCCUGACAUGCCAGUUGGACCCUCUGCCGUCAAAGAUCUCGGACAAUGUGUGGUAUACGUCCUCGGCCUGCAGAUCAAUACAGCCAGUUUCGCGAUGUACAGCUUUUCAUUGAGUGUUCUAUUCCAAGCAUUACUCGUCGUCUCAAUUAGCUGUACGGCUGAUCAUGGCAACUAUCGCAAGAGGUUACUGCUCCUUUUCGCCUUCUCAGGCGCCAUAGCUACGAUGCUAUUCCUCACCGUGGUAUCGAAGGUCUACCUCCUUGGAGCUCUUCUGGCCGUAAUUGCGAAUACGUGUUUCGGGGCCAGCUUUGUGCUUCUGAACUCAUUCCUACCCCUCCUGGUACGGCAUCAUCCUAGAGCUCAAUACCAAAUACCAGAACCCAGCCCAGAGCCUCUUUCGACGAUUUCAGAGCAACAGCCGUCUGAAGAAUACCUCGAUAUGGCUGAUUCAACCCCAACCCUUCUUCCUCCAGGCUCGGAUCCUACUGCUCCAUUACCUACAGGAGAAAAGCUUACAUCCAUCGAGCUGCAAUUAUCCACCCAGAUAUCCUCCACGGGAAUUGGAAUUGGCUACAGUGCGGGAUUGUUCGUACAAUGCGUAGCAAUCGCCGUCAUCUUCGCCAUGAAAAGUACAACAUUCUCCCUCCGCGUUGUACUGUUUCUUAUCGGGGCAUGGUGGUUUAUAUUCACCAUCCCAGCCGCAUUAUGGCUCCGACCCCGCCCCGGACCUCCCUUGCCAUCUUCGGAUCCCAACGACCCAUCAGCAAAACGUACCUGGUUGGCCUACAUCGUGUAUGCCUGGACAUCUCUAUGGCGGACUAUCAAACUUGCCCGUCGCCUCAAAGAUAUAACCCUCUUCCUCGCCGCCUGGUUCCUCCUUUCCGACGCCAUCGCCACGGUCUCGGGGACCGCCGUGCUCUAUGCCAAGACACAACUGCACAUGAAACCCGAAGCCUUGGGUCUCAUCAACGUAAUCGCCACCAUGGCAGGCGUUCUUGGCGCAUUCUCCUGGGCCGCCGUCUCGCGUCUCCUGAAAUUGCGUCCUCAUCAAACAAUCCUAACCUGUCUCUUUAUCUUUGAGAUCAUACCUAUCUACGGACUUCUCGGCUUUCUUCCCAUAGUGAAGAGAUGGGGUGUGAUAGGUCUCCAGCAGCCGUGGGAGAUGUACCCCCUUGCUUUCGUAUACGGUCUCGUCCUCGGCGGUCUCUCAAGCUACUGCCGCUCCCUCUUUGGUGAGUUGAUUCCCCCUGGCUCCGAGGCAGCCUUCUACGCCCUCUACGCCAUUACCGAUAAAGGCUCAUCGGUGUUUGGCCCGGCCAUCGUCGGGGCGAUCGUCGACCACACCGGGGAGAUCCGACCAGCGUUCUGGUUUCUGGCUGCGCUUGUCGGCCUCCCAGCCCCGCUACUCUAUUUCGUGGAUGUGGACAGGGGCAAGGAGGAGGGUGCCAAACUGGCGGAAUUCAUCGAGGGGUUCAAGACAAGAGAGGGUGAUGAGAGCGGGGAGCAGACGCCUUUAUUGGCGGUUAUUAAGCGUUAUUCAUAUGUUCCAAACUUUAAUUCUCCCCUAGCAGUCCGCCGCCUUCCUUAG